AUGUCUGAAGAAGAAAAUUUGAAAGCAUAUACUUUAGAUGAAGUUUCGCAACACAACACCGUGGACGACCUCUGGGUUAUCUACGAUGGAGGGGUCUACGAUAUCACCAAAUACAUAGAUGAACAUCCAGGUGGUGAAGAAGUUGUCGUUGAUGUCGCUGGUACAGAUGCUACUGAAGCUUUCGAAGACAUUGGACACUCAGACGAUGCCCGUGAAAUUUUGAAGGGGUUAUUGAUUGGUAAAGUACAAGGUGGCACCAUCAAGUCACCAGUUAGUGCUGUCAGUCAGUCUGAAAGCACCGGUUCUUCGAUGCCAAUGAUUGCUAUUUUUGUGUUGUUACUCGCUGUUGGUGUUUAUUUUUAUAUCAAAUAG